GUGUGGCACCACAAAUGUCGUCCAAUGGUGGAAGAGCCAAGACUCGAGACAGGGGCUACAGCGAGGUGCCCCGGGACUCGCCCUCUGGAGAUGGCACCCUGAGGCCCCUGGAGACGCUCCAGGCCGGCGAGCUGGCGGUGAGCGCCGACCCCCUGCCCCCUCCCCCGCUCCCGGCGCAGCCGCCCUUCGGCCCGGACUUCUACUCCAGUGACACGGAGGAACCCGCCCUCGCGCCCGACCUCAAACCCGUCAGGCGCUUUGUCCCCGAUUCCUGGAAGGACUUCUUCAGAGGGAAGAGAAAGGACCGGGGAUGGGAGCGGGCCGACUCUGACACCGGGUGCAUCUCCGACGGCGUGCCGUGUUCGCCUCCAGCCUCUCCGGGGAGACCCGAUCGCCACCACUCACCCACGGAUCCUUCCAGGGGCUCGCAAGGCACCUGCCCCUCCCGGAGGGAGGCCAGCGUGGCGUUCCCCCGCGACCCCUAUGGCUCGGUGGACGGACGCACGCCGACGGCGCGGACGUACAGCGAGCAGGUGGAGGCCUACCGGCUGCGCUACGCCUACAUGAAGUCGUGGGCCGGCCUGCUGCGCAUGCUCGGCGUGGCGGAGCUGCUGCUGGGCGCGGGCGUCUUCGCCUGCGUCACGGCGUACAUCCACAAGGACAGCGAGUGGUACAACCUGUUCGGCUACUCGCAGCCCUACGGCGCGGGGGGCCUGGGGGGCCUGGGCAGUGCGUACGGGGGCUAUUACUACAGCGGGCCCAAGACCCCUUUCGUGCUGGUGGUGGCCGGCGUGGCGUGGAUCGCCACCCUCAUCGUGCUGGUCCUUGGCAUGUCCGUGUACUACCGGACCAUUCUUCUGGACUCGAGCUGGUGGCCCCUGACGGAGUUCGGAAUCAACGUGGCCUUGUUCGUCUUGUACAUGGCUGCGGCCAUCGUCUACGUGAACGACACCAACCGAGGCGGGCUCUGCUACUACCCGCUCUUCAACACCCCCAUGAACGCCGCGUUCUGCCGGGUGGAAGGAGGACAGAUAGCAGCCAUCAUCUUCCUGUUUGUCACCAUGAUCGUGUACCUGGUGGGCGCCCUCGUGUGCCUGAAGCUGUGGAGGCACGAGGCGGCGCGGAGGCAUCGCGAGUGCCUGGAGCAGCAGGAGAUCAAUGAGGCAUCAUUCCCAUCAAAAAGGAAACUGUGUGAAGUGGCCACCAUUGACAGACAGAGAGACCCUGAAGGAAAUUUCACAGAAUUGAGAAAAACAAAAAUGAAGCCAGAACUGCUGAGUAGCCACAUCCCCCCAGGCCACAUCCCCAAACCUGUGGUGAUGCCGGACUACGUGGCAAAAUAUCCUGUAAUUCACACGGAUGAUGAUCGCGAACGUUACAAAGCUGUGUUCCAAGACCAGUUUUCCGAGUACAAAGAGCUGUCAGCAGAAGUGCAAGCUGUGCUGAGGAAGCUUGAUGAGCUGGACGCGGUGAUGAACAGGUUGCCGCAUCACUCGGAAAACCGCCAGGAACAUGAGAGAAUUUCAAGAAUCCAUGAAGAGUUUAACAGAAAAAAGCAUGAUCCUUCAUUUCUGGAAAAGAAAGAACGCUGUGAUUACCUCAAGAAUAAACUUUCUCACAUAAAGCAAAGAAUUCAGGAAUAUGAUAAAGUAAUGAAUUGGGAUAUCCAAGGUUAUUCUUAAACUCUUAUUUGAAACUUUUUUUUUUUAAGUAGCCCAUCGACUAUUUAUUUGCUGCCAUUUUUAUGCUAGUCUGAGGUAGAGUGGCAACUUUCGAC